AUGAAAUCAUCGACCGCCGCUUGCGAAACGCCAAAUCCUCGAGAGCGAGGCCGGAGGCUGCCAAACCGCGCCGGGGAAAGGGACGCCUGGGAGCGCCGCAGCCCUCGGCGGGCAGCGGAGGUGGAGCCGGAGCGAGCGCCCGCGGAAAACAGGCUCGGCGGUUACCAGGGGGCUCUGGGACGGCGCGGGCCAAUAUGCGCCGCAUGUAAAUAUCUCGGGGGAGGCGGGGGAGGGAAGGGUCGAAUUUCAAAAAAAGCCCGAACCCCCCACAGGCCGGACGGGCGGGCGGGCGCGCGCGAUGGGGGCCCUUAGGCUGCGGGAGCGAGUGGAGGAUGCUGGGAAGGAGGUAAAAUGGCCACCGGCGGCGGCGCGGAGGAAGAGAGGAAGCGGGGGCGGCUGCGGCUUCUGCCCCCCACGCGGCCACCCGCCCGGGCCGAAGAGGCCGAAGGCGGCCGCGAAAAAAUGGGCUGGGCCCAGGUGGUGAAGAAUCUUGCAGAAAAAAAAGGCGAGUUCCGCGAGCUACGGCAGCAGCAGCGGCGGGAGGAGGAAAGCGGCAGCUGCGCGGGCGCCGGGCUCGGUGCUCCAGCGGGCCUGGCUGCGCCGGACCUCGGCGACUUUCCCCCGGCUGGCCGCGGGGACCCGAAAGCCCGCCGGAGGGACCCGGCCGGCGAAGCGACGGAUCCCCGCAAGAAGAAGGGGGCUGCCGAGGCGGGCAGGAGGAAGAAGGCGGAGGCAGCUGCGGCCAUGACGGCCCCGUUCAAGCCCGGCGAGGCCGAGGACGGGGCUGAGCUGCCCCUCCAAGAGGAGCCGGCGGCGGCGGCGAGCCCAGCGGCCAGUCCAGGCAAGGGUCGCUUCCUCGUCCGCAUCUGUUUCCAAGGAGACGAGGGCGCCUGCCCGACCCGGGACUUUGUGGUAGGUGCGCUGAUCCUGCGCUCCAUCGGCAUGGACCCGAGCGACAUCUAUGCUGUCAUCCAGAUCCCGGGCAGCCGCGAGUUCGACGUGAGCUUCCGUUCGGCGGAGAAGUUGGCCCUGUUCCUUCGCAUCUACGAGGAGAAGCGAGAGCACGAGGACUGCUGGGAGAACUUUGUGGUGCUGGGGCGGAGCAAGUCCAGCUUGAAGACGCUCUUUAUCCUCUUCCGGAACGAGACGGUGGAUGUGGAGGACAUUGUGACCUGGCUCAAGCGCCAUUGUGACGUGCUCGCUGUACCCGUGAAAGUGACCGACAGGUUUGGGAUCUGGACCGGGGAAUACAAGUGCGAGAUCGAGCUGCGCCAGGGGGAAGGCGGGGUCAGGCAUCUGCCGGGGGCUUUCUUCCUGGGGGCGGAGAGGGGCUAUAGCUGGUACAAGGGGCAGCCUAAGACGUGCUUUAAAUGUGGUUCCCGGACCCACAUGAGCGGCAGCUGCACGCAGGACCGGUGCUUCAGGUGCGGGGAGGAGGGGCACCUGAGCCCUUUCUGCCGGAAGGGCAUCGUGUGCAACCUCUGUGGCAAGCGAGGACACGCUUUUGCCCAGUGUCCCAAAGCAGUUCACAAUUCCGUGGCAGCUCAACUAACCGGCGUGGCCGGGCACUGAAUACCUGCCUGACUGCCAAGGUGAACUCACAGCCAGCUUACCCCUCUUAAGUGCCAAAACUUUUUUUUAAACCGUUUUUUAUCGUUUUUGAAGGAGACCUUUUUUAAAGCUACAAGAGACAUCUCUCUAUGCCUUUUUGAACCAAGUUUACUCCAUUUAAGCCUGAUCUGAAUUGGUGACUCUGUCAUCAGUAACAACUACCGUGAACUGUAGCGUGCAGAUGUAUCACCCCUCCCUUUUUUAAAUUUUAUUUUCGUUUUUGUAUUUUUGGGGUUUUUUGUCUUUGUUUUAUUGUACUUUUUAUUUUUACACCUUGUUUUCUCCCUGGACUUUCAUCCUUUGGGCUGCCAUACUCAUCUGUAUGCCUCCGUACUAGGUAGGGGGCUCAACACGUGGUAGACACUCUAUAAUCAGUGUUUGUUGAAUGGAAAACAUUGUGGACUGUGGCUUAUGUCAGAGUGUCUACCUUUGCAGCUCUUCCCCUCCCCCUUUUAAUUUGCUGCUUUUAAUCUAUGUGGUCUGAGAAUUUGUGAAACCAGUGUUGUUUGAAGUGUAUAUAAUCUGAAUCAAUAAGCUCUGAAUGGUGGCCAAGGGCCUGUCUUGUGGCAUAAAAAUGCAUGGACUUUGUGACAGCUGUUUUGGUGGCUCAGAACCCAUUUUUCAUAGAAUCAUGGAAUCAAGGAUUCUUGCUGGAAAGAACCUGAGAGUUGGACCAAUUCCUUGGUUUUCCAGCAGAUGAAACAAGCCCAGAGAGGUUAAAUGACUGGGUCAAAAUUCACAUAGCUGUCUGGUGCCAGAGCUAGCCUAUAGCAGAGUUCCCUGACCCCAAGCCCGGUGCUCAUUCCACUACCUCUCACACUUCACAACAAAUUUCCUCCACACUUGAGGGCCCAGGUCUGAUCUCUCCAGAAUGAUGAGUCCAGGGGAAUGCUGAGAGAUCGUCUGGGAGAGAGGGCAGAAAGAGACGGUUUAGCAGGGGCUUCUCAAUACUUAGGAAGGGACCAAGGAACAAACUUCGACUUUGUUGCUCCCUGGCUACCACAUCUGGAUUAAUGUGUGCUAGGUCCUUUGGAGGCCUUACCCUUCCCCAUUGAUUGCCACCAGUGAGAAAUGAGGGUGCCCCUAAGUAAAGAAACCUACCAAAGGUUUACAUUUGCACCUUACCUUCAAUAGCUAGGAACCCUAGAGAAGCAGCUAGCUGAACUCAUCUACAACCCCCUGACUCUCAGGAGAAGAAUGGUUUUAACCCGGAAUUAUGAGUAAACUGUUAACUCAGAAAUGUAUUUGGGAAAUAAGCCAAGCGAGAGGUCAUGGGUCAACUGUUAACCAAGUUAAAGUCGAAAAGACAAUACACUACUUUUUUAGUUUUUGUCUUUCCUUUGCUAUAUGUUAUUUUUUGCUAUUUCCUUGUGGCUUAGAACGUAAAACUGAGUGUUUUGUU